CUUUGAAACUGACCAUUUAUUGUCAAUUUUUUUUUUUUUUAACUAAAUAUAGACUCGAUCAUUGUUAAGAAGAAAACACCAUUGGCUGGAAAGAAAACGAGCGGUUGCUGAUGUUAAUUUUUUCGAUUUGCACAUCUAGUAGACAAAACUUUCAGUAUUGAGAAAGACGCCAAAACGAGAAUAAUAAUAAUAGUUAAAAGAAAGCGAUUGUUUCAUUUAUCUUGAAAGAAGAACGAUUCUACAAGUGUAUUCAUGACUGCUAAUGUCGUCGCUCGGGGAAUGCAUCACGUUUCGCUCGGAAGUGCACCCGUGACUUCCGUACAAGCAGACCAACAGUAAGAACUACCAUUCCCGGACGAGAGACCAAGAUGUUAAUGAUGACGAUUCACGGCUAAAACGCCCAGUGGUAUUACCUCUGCAAGUAAUUAUAGCUAUUUAACACUCUCUAACAGCCCGUCAGUGUUUCAGAGAUCGGACGGAGACAACGUAGAAUGGAAAGGUUGUUCUCAGUACUUAUGGCUGUUCUUUGUUUUGAUCAAAUUCCGAGUUCAUCUUCGACGGUAGCAGAAUAUCGAUGGUGCUGUAUUUCGGACGCAGAAAUGUCCAAAUGCCAACACUUAGCGAAUGUGACGUCACAGAUUGCCUGGAAUAUAAGCAUCACGUGUGUACAUGGAAGAAACGUCACCAAUUGCAUCAGGAUGGUUGGCAAUGGCAUUGCUGACGUCAUCACUCUUGGAGAGGAACAAAUUUAUCAGGCUGGUGUUCAGCACGGUCUUGUACCAGUGGUAUCGGAAGAUUAUGGCAAGCAUGAACAAGGUCUGAGUAGCUACGCCGUCGCUCUAAUUAAAACUAAUCUUUCCAAAGAAAUCUCGCUGAAAUCUCUGAAGGGCAGAAAAUCGUGUCACCCUGCCGCGGGAGACUCGGUCGGAUGGACAGCUCCUGUAGGGCUCUUGAUUGAGAACGGGGCAAUGCAGUGGGAAGAAUGUAAUCCUUACCAGUCCGCUGGAGAGUAUUUUCAACAAAGCUGCGUUCCAGGGGCUCUCUCGAAGAAAUACAACCCAGACGAUACCAAUCCUAUAAGUCUGUGUGCUAUUUGCUUCAAUCAGAAGACGUGCCCAUCCAGUGUCUCCGAAAAGUACUUCGGUUAUCAAGGCGCAUACCGCUGCCUGACGGAAGGCGCCGGUGACGUAGCGUUUGUCAGUCAUCUCACUGUGUUUGACUUUACGGGAAGAGAUAACGAUCUUAACCCGGGAAAGGACUUUAAUUUGUUGUGCCCCGAUGGAACCCGAGCAGACGUUGGGGACUUUGAGAAAUGUAACCUGGCCAGGAUUCCUUCCCGUGUUGUCAUGAGCAGACCUGGAAACAAGUUGGAAGGUUUGAGGCAGUCACUCCUUCGCCUGGAUGAACUCUUCCGGUCAAAGACGCCCUCGUUUCAGAUGUUUAACUCCUCUGCGUAUGGAGGCAAAGAUUUACUAUUCAAAGACUCUUCCGUCAAACUCGUAGAUGUAAAACAAAAGAACUCGACCGAGGCCUGGCUCGGUCAAAAGUACUUCAAAGCACUUCGAACACUUAGCCAUUGCCAAGAGGUGGUAGCCGCGCCCAGAUCACUCACGAUCAAACUCAAAUCGAUGAACACUGGACAGUUGUUGCUAUUAGUCAUCACAGUAGUUUGUUUUCUUUUUAGGAUACAAUAUGAUUAAAAACUCAAGUAUCGCUCCUGGUGCAAAGAGUUCGGCGGAUAUGACACGUGCAACUGAACAGUUUUCCGGUCGAUGGGGCGAUGAGCACGCAAAUUCGGGAAAACGAUUAAUUGCAGAAUACCCGGCCAGUUUGCAGCUGCACCCCGCACAAUGCCUAGGUAGCCGCGGCAACAUCGUGAUUUACGCUUCUAGGCCAGUUGCUCACAUCUCGACCGCAGACCAAGAAGAAUAUAUCUGGUUACGAGAUUAGGAACCUCGCAAUCUCGGAAACGUCACGGAAACAAUAUUAUAAACGUAUUUCUUUCAGUUGAAAAGACAACUCUUAACAUUUUGAAGGGACAGAAUUAAUGAGAUAUAAAUGGACAAUCAAUCGCCAACAUAGAAAAAUAAACAAUAAUCGAAAAGAAAGUGGGAAAGAUUGUAUGAAAUAGAAUUACUAAAGGACACGAAAACCAUGUUUCAUUAAAAACAGACAGUAAGAAUAAUAGAUAAAAAAAAAUCAACCAAGCUAGGAGUUGCAAACGUGCAGCAGCCUGUUUACAUACUUCUUGAAUCUCUAAGAGCUCCCCAAUAAACAACAGUAAACCUAAAAAUACAUAAAUGAUUUUUAUUUUUCUACUUUUCUUUAGAAGCAUAGCCACUACGUUUAACAAUAAGUUUAGCUGCGUUUUAUCAAUUCCUGCGACGGACUCGUUACUCCUUUUCACUCAAGGCUCUCGGCUACAGCUUUUGCUUACAAUAAAAACACAUUUCUAUCCCUCUAUCUUCCAUUAUUUUCAACCUGGCCCUUCAUUACUCUUUGAAAUGUAUCCUGCUGUGUAUCCUAAUUCAAUAUGUCAUCUACGCAUUGCAGACUCAAUGCAAUACGAGGGAGCAAAACAUAGUGAACCUGAUU